AUGGAGGACAGGGACCCGGGUCCCGGCUUGGCAGUGCUCCAGGAUCUGCUGCAGCGGCCAGGACCCGAUGUGGUUCGCUGGGCCGUGGAGCAGGCGCAGUCGCUGUCACGGCCCGGGACGAAUGUGCAGCAAUCACAGAUCUUCCAAAUGGCAGGUGCUCUGAACACGGCAUCUGUCGCAGAGAAGCAGGAACUGGUGCGUGCCGCCAUCUCUGGCUUCGGACAGCUGCCGGCAGAUCAACGAGCAGAGGCUCUGCGCCUGGUAGUCAACACGGCAGCAGCAGCACAGGUCGGCCCGCAUCCCACGGCAGAGGGCGAAGUUCCCCCCCUGAUGCAGAACGUCAUGGCGGUCGUGAAGGAGGCGAAGCUGCAUGAGAUGCCAAAGGAGGAGAAGGCGAUCCUGGCACAGGAAGCCCGCCAAGAUGCAGCAGAAAUGGUUCAGCCACAGCAGAUUCUGGAGGUCGUCUCGGAGUUGAGACCAGAAGAACGACAUCAAGUGACUGAGGCGCUGGUCGAGGCCCAGAUCGUCCCGCAGGACCAGCAGCCUGCUUUGGAAGCUGCGCUCAAGCCAGGAGGGCUUGCAGACCUGCUGGUGGGCGGCAUGAAGCUCUUCACGCUUGCUCAGGAGAAUGCGUGGGCUUUGGUGGCGGUUCCCUGCGGUGAGCUUUUCUUGGCCCUCACGCUAGGUGUACUCUCAUGCCCCUCUGGACUGAAUACCUGGCUCCGCGCGGACGCCGUGUAUUCCAUGCUCACGCUGGCCGGCGCAUGGUUUGCAAACCUACACCUGGAGCAAGUCCUGGUACGAGUCAAGGAAGACCCAAUGGGGGCCGUCCGACGCUGGCAGGAGGCGGAGGCCCAGCACCAGACGCUGAGCCGCCGCCUGGAGCAAACCGUGCCUGGUGUGGAGUUCCACGCGUACCAACUCGGUGCUCUAGGUGUGGUGGUAGCCGCAGUUUUCCUGGCAGUCGGCCUGUUGAACACGAUUGUCGGACUCUUCGAGUUGCUGGCCACCUUCAUAGCUGGCUGCAACAUCCUCGUGGUUGUUGCGAGCAUGGCGUUUCUGGCGCUCAGGUGCGCGAUGCUCUUCGGCUUGCUGCAGGUCGCAGGUACACUCCUCGCACCUGUUCCAAACGGUGCGGCCGGGGUGCAGCGGCCGCUUCUAGAGUCGCCGAUAUAA